AUGGCAUUCAAGGACAGCGGCAAGACGCUUGUGGAGCCCGAAGUGGCCAUUCCCCGGUUCCGGAUCACCCUCAUCAGCCACAACGUGAAGUCACUCGAGAAGGUGUGUGCUGACCUAAUUAGAGGAGCCGAAGAAAAGAACUUGAAAGUGAAGGGACCUGUUCGAAUGCCCACUCUUGGUGAAGGUUCUGAGACUUGGGAUCGAUUCCAGAAGAGAAUCCGCAAACGUCUUAUUGAUUUGCACAGUCCUUCUGAAAUUGUGAAUCAGAUCACUUCUAUCAGUUGA